UGAUAGAAAGCAAGUUGAAAAGUGUGUAUAAAAAAACUGCGUAAUCACUCUUGAAAAUAGACAAAAAUAAUUUUUAUUAAAUAAGUUCAUUUAUAAUGAUCAAGUUAAUUGAAAAGAUAGAUUUGUCAGGUGGUACAUUAAUAGUUCCAGCUGUAGCAGUUGGAAAUGUUGGACAACUUGCUAUAGAUCUACUCAUUUGUAGUUUAGAAAUGAAAAGGAUUGGACAUUUGAUAAAUUCCUGUUUUAUUCCUGUCUUGGGAACAGAUCCUUAUAAUGAAUAUUCCAAUGAAUUGUGUACUUCUUGUGAUAUUUAUUAUGAAGCUAAAAAAAAAAUUGUAGCUCUACAAAUAAGAUCACCACCUGUCAAGGAUCUUAAAAGUUUUUUUGAUGAAUUAAAAGAGUUUAUAAGCAAUCAAAAAAUAUCUCAGGUUAUAAUUUUAACUAGUAGUUGGGCUCAUACUAGGACAGAUGUACAAAUAAGAAGUGAACCAAUGCGUUAUGUAGCAUCUCCAGCGAUUGAGAAAAAUUUUGAAUCCAAAUUUCAAAAAUUAAAUUGGCUCAAACUUGAACCAAUAAUAAAUCCUGAAGACGACCGACAACGUUUCCAAAUUUCUGGGGGUGGUUUUGCUGCAAAACUAUUCAACUUCUUCUUUGAAAAUCAAAUUCCUUGUUUAAUUCUUCUCAGAUUUUGCUCUGAAGGCGAUAACAUAGAAGAUGCAGUUGUUUCAUUGAGUUAUUUAGAUAAAUGGCUCGAGUAUGGAAUUAGCUCUACGGGUCCAAUUCUUCUGAAACAUCCUCAUUCUUGGGCCUCACUAUUUGGCAAUCCAGCUCCAGACGAGAUUUAUUGAGUUAUUGUUUAAGUUCUUUCGAUAAUAAAAAAAAAUUUGUAUAAAAAAUUA